GCGCGGAGCGGCGGGGCCCGCGGGAGCCGAGCUGGGCGGCCAGCAAGGAUGCUGCUCUAGAUGACUGACUUGCUUGGCCCUCAUGUGCUAUGGCUCCACAUGGCCUCUGUAGGACCAGAACACGCUGAUCUGCGCCCCAAACUGGAGAAAAACAUCAGGCUCAAGUCAGACACCCUUUUGGCAGGCAGACCUCCACCACUCCAGGCCUGGCACCUCACUCAGCAGCAGGCGAAACCCAUCUGGAAUUUAGAGAAGAAGUAUGUGAGUGCUUUCCAGAGACACAGCUUGCUGCCCUCAGGGAUCCCCCUGCAGCAAUCCUGCUUCUUGUGUGCACCAUCACUAUGCCAUGCGCACCCUGGUGAAGACAUCCUCUCGAGCCUGCCCUUGGUCCAGCCCUGCCCAGACCCGUGUGGGAGCACUCUUCUUCACCAGCAAUCCUGCCUUAGGCCAAAGUCCUGUGGGUUUCCUUUCCGAAGCCCUCAGGAUGCUAGCUCUUCCCCAGGAAAUGUGAUGUCCUCCCCACUGAUGGAGUCCAGCCAGCUGCCUGCGGUGGCAGAGGAGCACUCUGGGACUGGGGUCGAAGGCUCUGCCCUCAGCUCAGGUCAGCAGGCUUCCAGCUCCAAUAGACCAGUGCUCAGUAAUGACUCCUUCCUACUGCCAAGCAGUGCUAAAGUGCCUUUGCUGCAGUCACUGGAGAUCAAGAAGGUGAAAAGCACCCAAGACUUCCCUGCUGCCUCAUGGCCACACUCUGGGAAAGAUGGAGGCAGCACCCACAUUGGCCUGGCCAAUGGAGCAAUGAAAAACACUGACAUUGUGCUGGAGCAAACUGCAGCUGCAUCCUCGAGCCUCGUGCCCAGCAGUUCGAUCCUCAGGAAGGACCAGUCCUCACAGAAGGACUCUGAGAGGAGAGGGCACAGCUUAAGAGAGGAGGAGCAGCAGGUCAGCCUCACAAAGACUGUGCAGCAGCUAGACAGACAGACUGACACACACAACAGCUUUGGACAUGGAGUGAAAAGCUCCGGCCUUACAAGCGGGGGCCGGCUGUCCAACUGCGACAGCAGGUGGGGGCAGCAUGUCAUAACACAGCUCACCCAGGAGGAAACCAUUGCCCCUCUGAACCCAGAGCCGUGUAGCCAUCACCUUAAGGGUAACUCGAGCCUUGCAGGCGCCGAUGGUGCCACCUCUGGCACUAAGUGUGUCAGUGCCCAUCUCUUGGCCUCACGUGCUGGCUCUGCUGACCACAGCACUGAUGGCCAGCUUGGGAGCAUGCUGGGCCUAUGUGACAGGGACAGGGUGGCAAGAGCAGAGCCUCCGCGCCUCACUGCUGUCUCUGAAGUGGCAGCUCAGAUGUCCGCCAUCCAAUUAGAGAAAGAGGAAAAAUGGGCCUCGCCUGUGCUCCUGGAAAAGCUUGAUGUCACUGCUGAGCAGUUGCUGCUGGAGCUGAGCCAUCCCCAGGAUGAAGUGGAGGAAGAACUUCCUGAUGGCCUGGAUGACAGCUGCAGUCAGGAGGAGGACGAUGAGGACAGUGACUCGGAAGGUUCCCCUGUCUCUGGCAUGUCAUCCAGUGGCUCGGUGGCUCUUGUAUCCAGGAACUACAUUGAGUGCCUGGCCCAGCCUGCUGAGGCUCAAGAGAAAGAGCUCAAACCAGCUCUUGUCUGCAGUUUAUUCCCUAAUGUGCCUCCAACUAUCUACUUCAGUACUCGGGAUGAGACAGUGGAAAAGCUGCCCUGGGAGCAGAGGAGGCUACUGCGAUGGAAAAUGUGCACAGUCACGCCAAACAUAGUGAAGCAAACUGUUAGCAGGUCCCACUUCAGAGUCAGCAAAAAAAGCAAUGACUGGCUGGGCUGCUGGGGCCACCAUAUGAAAUCCUCUGGCUUUAAAGCCAUCAAGGAGCACCAGAAGCUAAACCACUUCCCUGGUUCAUUUGAAAUUGGGAGAAAAGACCGUCUGUGGCACAACCUGUUGAAGAUGCGGGCUCGCUGUGGGAAGAAGGAGUUCAACUUCUUUCCCCAGUCUUUCAUCCUGCCCCAGGACAUAAAAUUACUUAGGAAAGCAUGGGAGGAAGGAGCUAGCAGCCAGAAAUGGAUUGUGAAACCACCAGCAUCAGCAAGAGGCAUUGGUAUCCAGGUCAUUCACAAAUGGAGCCAGCUCCCCAAAAGGAGACCACUGCUGGUACAGAGAUAUCUGAACAAACCCUACCUCAUUGGCGGGAAGAAGUUUGACCUGAGGAUCUACGUUUAUGUCACUUGCUAUGAUCCCCUCAGGGUCUACCUGUUCAAGGAUGGAUUGGUUCGCUUUGCCAGCUGCAAGUACUCCUCCUCAAUGAAGACCCUCAGCAACAAGUUCAUGCACUUGACCAACUACAGUGUGAACAAGAAGAACACAGAGUACAAGCCCAACUCAGAUGAGACUGCUUGCCAGGGACACAAAUGGACACUGAAAGCUCUCUGGAGUUACCUGACCCAGAAGGGAGUUAAUAGCAAGGCCAUCUGGGAGAAGAUUAAGGACAUCGUUAUCAAAACCAUCAUUGCCUCUGAGCCCUACGUGAACACCCUGGUGAAGAUGUACGUGCGGCGGCCGUAUUGUUGCCAUGAGCUGUUUGGGUUUGAUAUCAUGCUGGAUGAAAACCUCAAGCCCUGGAUCUUAGAGGUCAACAUUUCCCCAAGCCUCCACUCCAACUCCCCGCUGGACGUGAGCAUCAAGGGUCAGAUGAUCCGGGACCUCCUCAACCUUGCUGGCUUUGUUCUGCCCAGUGCGGACAGCGUGGCCUCAAGGCCACAGACAAGAAAUAGCUCUACCUGCAGUAUGGACAGUGCUUUGAAGAAGUCCAAGCCAACAUCUGAGCAUUUCAUAGCAGAGAAGAUGAAGAAAGCCUAUUACUUGGCACAGAAGACACCUAACCAGGAUUUUUAUUCUUCUGUCUUGGACAUCCUGACCCCAGAUGAUGUUCGCAUCCUGGUGGAGACAGAGGACGAGUAUUCCCGGCGGGGGCAGUUUGAGCGGGUGUUCCCCACCCACAUCUCCAUGCGGUAUCUGCACUUCUUUGAGCAGCCUCGUUACUUCAACAUCCUGGUGACCCAGUGGGAGCUCAAAUACUACUUGAAUAAACACAAAGGUCUGGAGCUACUGAAGAAAUGGUGUGUCAAAGGGUACCACACUGGGGCAGGGAUGGAUUUGGCCCAGAUGUGGUCAUUGCCAAAGUCUUUCUUCCUCCAGAAGAGCAGUGUUCCAUUGAAUGGCUUCAGCAAACUGGAACUGGGCAGACUGGGCACACUACUCCCUUCAGCUGGUGAAGACCUCAUGAGAUGCCUGGAGCCCAGCCCUACUCAGAGCUUACCUCUCAACAAGUGCACUGGAAGAGCCAAACAGAAAUCUAGUGGCAGCCUGUCAAUGUGACCAGGCAGCCACCCUCCCUCUUUGAAGACACCUCAACCUACCUCAAAGGAAGAGACAGGAGCUGGCCCUGGAGAUCAAGGACUGUGGGAACCCCCUGUGCUGCACGCUUGCCUGUGAGGCUAUUUUCAGAGAUGGAUGCUUUACUGGGCAGAGAGGAGAGCAGUGCGACUUCCCUUUUUAAAACAAAUGGCAAAGCCUGGGCAAGUGGGGUUUGUCUGGUCUUUGUCCUAGGCUGCUCUUAAAGCCUGUCGUGGUGAUGGUUUCUUUGCUGUGUGGGUGCUGGCUGAGCUUGGAGUCAGCCUAGCCUUCCCACCUCUGACAAACAUGGGCAGAGCCCUUGCUCGCCUGUUGUCUCCAUGCUCUGGUCUUGAGCUGCUGGGAGCUGAGUCUGCUCCUGUGCCGCUGCAGCCUGGCCCCUGGAGAAAAGUCCCCAGCCACCAGCUGGCUCCUCUGGAAGGAGCAGGGCUUGGGACUUUGGACUGACCCCUUUCAUCCUUUCUGAACAUGUGCCAAUGUCCUUCCGUCCCCCAGCCUUGAGGCCUGGGGGGAACCUUGGGCUUGCACGUUACUGCUCGGGAGAGACCACGGGUACCUGUGUGGCUCCAGUUUGUCGUGCGGACAGUAGGGCUGCCAGGGAGGGAGCAUCCUCUUCAGGCUGUCAGCUCUCCCAGGUGACCUGCAACAUGCAUGUGGAGACUGCAGGCAAGUGCUCUUCUCCUGGGCUCUGGUCUCUAUUUUCCUUUCAUUUCUCAAGGAUUUCUAUUAAAGUUUAGCACUCA